UUCCAGAUUCCAGCGUCCCUGAUUCGAUUCACAGAAGAGAAGAAACCCAGUUCACUUUUCCUUGAGCUUCUUCCUCUUGUUCUAGAGAGAGAGAGAGAGAAAAAGAGGAGAGAGAGAGAUGGAGGAUGAUGAUUCGCGCCAGGGUUUGACUUUGGGAGCAUGGGGAAGUGUUCCUCAUUCCCAAAUAUUUUUAAAUUUCUCUGGCAGUCGCCUGGAAUCUCGCCUUCCCACUCUGUUUCUUCCUUUCUUAAUACUCUCUCUCUCUCUCUCUCUCUCUCUCUCACAGAGUUACUGCCACACUUAGCUCAGAUCCACACCUAAUCGCCUUUGCGUGUUCUUAAAAAAGAUGGGUAUUCAUGAAUUCACGCUUUCUUCAUGAUUUUCAUUGCCCAAUUGUUUGAUAUAUCUCCCUUUUUCUGCCUUCGCUAAGCUAUUCCCAUUCCCAUUCAUUGUCUUCUGUUAUAAAUUUCCAGAGUUUGAAAGACUGAAUCAAAAAAGAGCAAUAAAUUUCCAGAGUUUAAAAGACAAUCAAAAAAGCGCAAAAGCGUUUAUUGGUGGGUGAUAUGUCAUCUGAUUUCGAGUUGGAUCAAGUAAAAGGCCAUGAUAGUGAGGACCCAGAAGUUGGCUCUAUCAAUGGAGGACUACAUUCGAUCCUUCCGGAACGAAGAGCUGUGACAUUGACUGACAGGUUGUUUAGAGGGAGUCGAGGAGGGCAUGGUGCCUCUGUUCCAAACGGUGGGGAUGAAGAGCGUGAACAUGGGUCAGCAAGGAAAUCUGGACCUCUGUUGUCUGGGACAGCUUAUUGCAUUUCUUCUUGCAGUAUGAUAUUGCUGAACAAAGUUGUUCUGUCCGGUUACAACUUCAAUGCAGGCGUGUCAUUGAUGUUUUAUCAAAAUUUGAUAAGUACCGUAAUUGUUGUCCUCUUGGGCUUCUCUGGAGUCGUUACAGUGGAAAAGUUGAAUUGGAAACUGGUUAGGGUCUGGAUCCCUGUCAAUGUAAUCUUCAUCGGCAUGCUUGUAUCGGGCAUGUAUAGUUUGAAGUACGUAAACAUAGCAAUGGUAACCAUUCUGAAGAAUGUGACAAAUAUUUUAACAGCACUUGGAGAAUUGUAUUUGUUCCGGAAACAUCAGAACCAGAAAGUGUGGACUGCCAUGUUUUUUAUGAUUAUCUCUGCUAUCAGCAGUGGCAUUACAGAUAUCUCCUUCGAUACGGUAGGUUACGCAUGGCAGCUUUCAAACUGCGUACUAACCGCAAGCUACUCACUCACUCUACGGCGAGUCAUGGAUGAAGCAAAGAAGUACACAAGAUCUGGAUCGCUCAACGAAGUUUCAAUGGUCUUGCUGAAUAAUUUGUUAUCUCUACCUUUCGCUGCAUUUUUUAUUAUUCUGUUUGAUGAAUGGGAAUACGUACUGAACGUAGAUGUGAUCAAAUUGCCAAUGUUUUGGGUUGUUGCUACAGCUAGCGGAUUGCUUGGACUUGCCAUCAGCUUCACCUCCAUGUGGUUUUUACAUCAAACUGGCCCGACCACCUACAGUCUCGUCGGUUCCUUAAACAAAAUUCCUAUCUCUCUCGCUGGUUUAGUCCUUUUCAAAGUGCCUCUUAGUCCACCAAACCUCUUCAGCAUACUAUUUGGUUUAUUCGCCGGAGUAUUCUUCGCCAGGGCCAAAAUGUCCUGAUCCGGACCUACACUUACUAUUGAACUCAAGGAACUGAUUCGCGCUCGGAUUUAAGAAACUGGCUGCACGUAACGGUUUCCAGGCCUAAGAAGUGGAUACUUGUUUUUAGUUUUUGUUUUGUUGUUCUGGUGCGAAAUCUUUUCCUUUCUUGGUGAAGAAGGCAAAGAUUCUAUUUCCUCCAAACAUAGCAUCAAUGAGUUACUGGAGUUGAAAACUGCACCUCAAUUUAGAUUUACUAAUUGGCUGUGUUUGGCCAAGCUAGAUGUAGCCAUCAUAUUUUUUAUUUAUUUUUUUGGUUAAUAAUGGUUC